ACCUGGUCUUCAAAAUCUUGCUUCUCUCACAUUUCACAUUCACAUUCCACAACUUGCUUCUACACUCCCCUCCUGUUCCUUGACAUCACAACACUCACCAGCCACCAUGGGAAUCAAACCUCAGUUCUUUCUGGUCAGACCAGGGGCAGAGCAAAUCACACCCAACGGCCAAGUUCUUUCUCAGCCUGCAACUGCUGUCCCUCUUAUCCCGGCAGACCUUCUGCCAGAGUGGAUCGAAGUCAUCGGCGCCCCUCGAAGUUUAUCCCCAGAUGAGACUAGAGACAUGGGGAAUUUGGGAGUUAUUCAUGCUGAGCUGGAUACUUACAAGCUUCGAUUCGCUCCCAUUACUGGGGAUGGAGCUUCAACUAGUGAUGAAUCGGACACUUCAGAGGAGCGGGCCCCUGGAUUCCGGCCUGGUCCUUGCGCAGAGGGUGCAUCAUCAUCUCACAACUACUAUGAGAAACCGAAGCCAACUACAACUACAACCCAGCUUAAUACUCCCAAGUCCAAGCUAAAGCCAGCACAAGGCCUCUCAUCUAGCCGCCACAAUCCUGCCAACCAACAGCAGCCAGCCCAUCUCAGUCCUACUUCCCACAAAGAGACACCACAAAUUCCAACCAACACUACGGCACCAUCAUCUCAAUUGCCCUCACUCUGUCGACACUGGUGUCACCACGGCGUCUGCAAAUGGGGCCGAGACUGUCACUAUGAACAUAUAAUGCCCAUCACUGCAGAAGGGCAGGGAGAAGUUGGUCUGACUGGAUUCCCUGAUUGGUGGCUUCAAGCGCGGGGAUUGAUGCCUAUGUCCCCCCAAGCCCUUCGUGCAGCGGAUGCACCGAAUGGUCGACGAACUGCGAGGAAGAUUGGGAACCUCCUCAGAAGAAAGCAGCGAGCCCGAAUUCUUGCUCAGCGUCGAGAUGUGCACUUCAGAAACCUUGAAGAGGGAUCCGAAGCUGAGGAUGAGUAUGAAGACGAAGAAGACGUCGAGGAGGAAGUGGUUAAACCUGAGCCGAAGAGAGGAGGAGAAGAGGGAAUAUUGAUUGACCUUGAUUAACAGGAAUGAUGACCACCAUAUCGAUGGCAUCAGCACUAGGAGAUACCCUGCUGCGCAUACUUGGUUCCUACAGAUAACUACAUACCUGACCUGCUUCGCAUCAAAUCGGAUUGACAGCACUAUCCAAUAUCCUAUCUCCAUAAGGGUCUACUCGGCGGCACACAAUUCCGUAAAGAGCAAGCUCCGAUCUGUUGGCUUCGGGCUCUCUCGCGUGGCGUCGCGUUACGGGAUACGAG